AUGGCCGAAAAUUCAAAAUUCAUCAGAGAGAUUGCCACAGCCGCUAUUGACAAAACGAAACUGCCACACAACGUGGGCAAAUACAACGGCUUGACAGACCCGGAUGAUCACCUUCAAGUUUUUAAUGGUGCAGGAGCAACAGGCGGAUGGAAUUUACCAACUUGGUGCCAUCUCUUUGCCCAAGCCUUCAUCGGCGCAGCGCGCGUUUGGUUUGACAGCCUACCAGCAGGAAUGAUCAAAUCAUGGAUCGACUUUCGAGACAAGUUCCUCGCGCACUUUUCCCAGCAGCGCAGGCACACCAGAGAUCCGGCUGAUUGUUUGAACAUAUGGCGAAAGGGCCACGAAAGCAUGGAAGACUUCAUCACCAGAUACAACAAAGAAUGUCUGGAAAUUGGAGAUGUAGGUGAGAAGAUGAUGUGCGCGCAUUUCAUGAGGGCAGUAAAAUGUGACGAUCUAAUCAAGCGGCUAAAAGGAAGGGACGGAGGACCCAAAGAUUGGGAAACCUUCAUUGAGGCAACAAAAACCAUUGCGCAAACUGACAAACAGUUGACCGGUGAUGACAACCGUCAGCGCGGAUACAACCAUAACGACCGACAUAACAAGAAGGGCAGAGGCUAA